UCAUCACACUCCUCUCUCUCUCUCUCUCUCUCUCUCUUUCUACGCUCCGAUCGUCCCCGCAGGCUUCGGCUUUUCAUGGCUCUGUGCAGGCGAAGGCCUCGCGCCGCUCUCGAGCGCAUCGCCUCCCAGUUCGAGCUCCUGAAGCAGAGCCGCUCGACGCCCUCGCCGUCUCCUCUGAUCGGCGCGCCGAAGCUGAUCGGCGGUCCGCGCGCCGGUUGGCCCCCUCGCCGUUUCGAGUCGACCGUGGCCGAGAAGCUCCCCCGGUUCGCCGGUGGCGUCGCCGGCAAUCUGACAAUGGACUUUCCUGGUGGUAAAGUUACAUUCACACCUAAGAUGAGUUUCAUAUCUGAGUCUCCUGAGGAAAGGGCACAUUGCUACAGGGUACUAGAUGAAGAUGGUCAGCCACUAGCUCACAGCAGCUUCAUACAGGUCAGCGAGCAAGUUGCUGUGAGAAUGUAUAACGAGAUGGUUACGCUUCAAACAAUGGAUAAUAUCUUCUUUGAAGCACAAAGGCAAGGAAGAAUCUCGUUUUAUGUGACCUCAAUUGGAGAAGAAGCGAUUAACAUUGCAUCUGCAGCAGCCCUCACAUUUGAUGAUCUUGUCUUCCCCCAGUACAGGGAACCCGGAGUUCUCCUCUGGCGUGGAUUUACAUUACAAGAAUUUGCAAAUCAAUGUUUUGGAAACAAAGCUGACUAUGGGAAGGGCAGGCAGAUGCCUAUUCAUUAUGGGUCUAACAAGCUAAACUACUUUACUGUUUCAUCGACAAUAGCUACACAAAUUCCCCAUGCAGUUGGUGCAGCAUAUUCUUUGAAGAUGGAUAAAAAGGAUGCUUGCGUUGUCACUUAUUUUGGAGAUGGUGGUUCUAGUGAGGGAGAUUUCCAUGCUGCUAUAAAUUUUGCAGCAGUUCGGGAGGCCCCAGUUAUCUUCAUCUGUAGGAACAAUGGAUGGGCCAUCAGUACGCCGACCUCAGACCAGUUCCGAAGUGAUGGUAUUGUUGUUAGAGGCCCGGCAUAUGGAGUACGCAGCAUCCGGGUAGAUGGUAAUGAUGCCCUUGCCAUGUAUGGUUCCGUUCGAGCCGCUCGUGAAAUGGCAAUUGGCGAACAGAGACCCAUCUUGAUCGAAGCCCUGACAUAUCGAGCUGGACACCACUCAACGUCAGAUGACUCCACCAAAUAUCGUCCUGCCAAUGAAAUUGAAUGGUGGCGAACAGCUAGAGAUCCUGUAAGUAGACUUAGGAAAUGGAUUGAAAGUAAUGGUUGGUGGAGUGAGGAGGCCGAGUCAGAGCUCAGAAGCAAUGUUAGAAAGCAGCUAUUACAUGCAAUUCAAGUGGCAGAGAGAGUUGAGAAGCCACCGAUUUCUGACCUUUUCACAGAUGUUUAUGACGUGCCUACUUCGAAUCUACUAGAGCAGGAGAUGUUGCUGAGAGAAACCAUCAACAGAUAUCCACAAGAUUAUCCAGGGGAUGUUCCUGUUUAGAUGGGUUUGAAUGUAACAAAUCAUGAACGUUAUUUCUUCUGUUUCUUGUGAAUGAUAUAAACCAUAAGCUCUCCCUUUUAUUUACUACUCUUUCCA